CCUACUAUUCUUCAUUGGAAAAGGUAAUAUACGAACAUACAGGAAAAAAAGGUGAAAUUUUCCACAUUUAUUUAUAUAUUUACUGUUCAAGUUACGUUUUGCGAAUCAAAUGGAACCAUCAAUGAGUGAUACGACACGAAAACGUAACCCUAUUAUACGAGCCAUUGUUUGGCACUAUAGUAAUCGAAAAUGUACUAUCAAACCGGCACAGUACGAGAAGGAAAAGUACCUAAUUUCAACAAUUAAAUUCAAUCCUUGGCUGUUGAUGCCAGCCGCAGUAAUCGUUCAAUUUGGCUGUGGCUCAUUGUACGCGUGGAGUGUUUUCAAUGCCCCGAUUGACGAAGCUAUUUCUGGCAACAGUAAAACGUCGCAAGCACCCGUCACCUUUUAUAUUGCUGUUGGUAUGUUCGGUAUUGCUUCUGUUGUUAUGGGUCCGUAUUUAGAUAGAAAUGGACCGAGGAAAACUAUUAUGAUUGGGUCGAGUCUAUUAUUUAUUGGGAACAUCCUAUCCUCAAUUGCGGUUUACUUGAAAUACAUUUGGCUGUUGUACCUUGGAUUCGGGGUGAUUGCGGGAUUCAGCAUUGGAUGCAGUUACAUCGCGCCCAUUUCAUCCUUGCAGAAGUGGUUCCCCCACAAGCGAGGGUUAGCAGGUGGAGUUGCUGUAUGUGGAGCCGGACUAGGUUCGAUUGUAAUCGGCAAAGUGAUCUUACCUCUGAUUCACUUGGUCGGAUUGCCACCUACAUUUAUCGUGCUUGGAUCCUAUUAUUUUGUUACGAUGAUGAUUUCCGCGUUUUUGUUCCGUCUACCUCCUCCAGAUUACACGGUUAUUGAAUCAUCAGAUCCAUCAGAUACAGAGCGGAAGGUUACAGCAGUUACUGCACCACUAAUGCCUGAAAAUCCAGAGGUAAAGCUAACGCUCAAAGAGUCAAUCAAAUCUAUAGACUUCUGGUUCGUUUCCGUAAUGGCCUUGACGAACUCUCUAUUCGGGCUUUCGUUUAUCGCACGUCUGGCAGAUAUGGUUACCAAACUGUAUUUACGCGAACCAAAUGAAGCUUCCACAAUCGUAUCCAUUUACGGUGCAUUGAAUUUGACUGGUCGAAUAUUUUUCGCGGCACUUUCGGACAAAAUUGGAAGAAAAACCACUUGUAUCAUCAUGCUGAUGAUACAGACAAUUAUCAUCUCUGCAUUUCCGUUUUUCAUGGAAAAUCGAAACUAUUGGAUGUUCCUCGGUUGCAUGUUCGUCAUAUCAAUGUGUUAUGGUGGUGGUAUCGGAAUUAUGCCAGCCUUCCUUACGGAUCUGUUUGGAACCCACAACUUUAGUGUAUGUUACGGAAUAGUCAUCAUAGCAUGGUCGAUCGCCGGAACUGGCGGUGGUAUAAUUUUUACCACCAUCUACAAUCAUCUGAUAGUAUCGUUUGGGUACACCACUGGCAACGCUUAUCCGUACAUCUUUAAUUCGUAUUGGAUACUGUCACUGGUAGUUGUUGGCCUGUUGUGUACAAUUUUGAUUAGGACACAUCUAAAAUAUCGUGUUCUUCCUCCGGUGGAAGGUCAGUGGUACCGGUUUGUAUUUUUUAAACAUGUUGUCAUUGUUAGAAGAUUGUUGUCAUGUCCUGAAAUUGAAAUAUUGAGCUCAUACGAAUACGACCAAAUGUGGGACAAUUAUCUGAAAUCUCGACAUUUGGAUAGCAGAAGCGGUGAUGCCGUAGAAUUGACAACACUAAUUGAUUCGAAUAAGUAAAAUUAAGAACUUUCAUAGAACUAAAGUGCCUGAAAGACUGACCUCUCGAGCGUCUGUUUAUUGUUCUGAGGCUGUUAGAGAUGUUUUGGUAAAUUUUAACUGAAAUAAAUGUUCUUG